UGUUAUUUGUCAAUAAGAAAGUAAUGAGCCGAAGUAUUUGCCAAGAGAAAAAGCAGUAGCGGGGAGGGCAAAAAGGACAGGCCUUUGUUUCGUAGAGUGUCUUCCGUCCGCCUCCUAAUAGGUUCUCGGCGAUCGAGCCGCUUGAAAGCUCCUUCUGGCCCCGUCACUUGGAGUUGGAUUCAUAUAGUGUGAAUUAGGGUUUAGGGUUCACUGAAGCACACGCAACAACAACGAAAUAGAAACUAUGGCGUCGUUUGGGUCUUUAAAAUCUGCAAUCUUCGACAGAGAAGCGAGAAAACAGCAGUACCAGGCUCACAUUCUUGGCCUCAACGCUUACGACCGUCACAAAAAGUUUGUUAAAGAUUACGUUAGCUUUUAUGGUAGAGAAGAAUCUUCACAUGUCAAGCUGCCAGUCAAAACUGAUCAAGACACCCUAAGAGAAGGGUAUCGGUUCAUAAGAUCCGAGGAAGAUGAUAUGGACCGCUCUUGGGAACAAAGGCUGGUUAAGCGAUACUAUGACAAGCUGUUUAAAGAAUACUGCAUAGCGGACAUGUCACAUUACAAGAGUGGUAAGAUUGGUCUGAGGUGGAGGACAGAAAAGGAAGUUGUAUCUGGUAAAGGGCAGUUCGUAUGUGGUAACAAACAUUGUGAUGUAAAAGAUGGUUUAGCAAGCUAUGAGGUGAACUUUUCUUAUUUUGAAGCUGGAGAAAACAAACAAGCCCUUGUCAAAUUGGUAACUUGUGAGAGAUGUUCAGAAAAGCUUCAUUACAAAAGACGGAAAGAGAAAGAGCAACUGGAAAAAGAAAAGAAGGAAGUGAACAGAAGAAAGAGGAGUCGGUCAGGGGAUGAUGAUGAUGAUGAUGAUGAUACUGACAAUGAGGGAAACAAAGAAAGGAGUAAAGGUUUGGAUGGAUUUCUAUGUAUACAUAUUUUUCAAAUACUACGAAAAAGGCUUCAAUCUCUACUAGUGAACAUAGAGCUGAUGAUGAUGAUGACGACUUUGAUGAGUUUCUUGAGGGAAUGUUUCCUUGAUGUUUGCUAGUUAAGGGCUGCCCUCACUCCUCCAAAUUGCCAAUGCCAUCAAACAUAAUGGAAGGGGAUAAAAUUUGACUAAAGUGAUAGUUGAGUUCUGAAUUAUAGGUCAGCUGGAUCAUUUGAGUUGUAAAAAUUUUGUCAAGCUGCAGUGGUAAUCACACUCACUGACAGAAAGCAAAGUGAAACCUAUACCUGAGGCAGGUUGAAGAAUAUCUAAAUAUGAAAUCAUUUGUGGAGGGCCAUGAAAUGCUGAAUUGUUUUGCCUUUUACAUAGAAAGGUUUUUAGCAUGUGCAAUUUGGGAGGCAGACAGUUUCAAAGUCAACUAGAAGAGGCAGAGACAAUAGAACAGCUACGUUUGGCAUAGUGUUCUUGUUUGUAAUUUGAAUACAGCAACAAUCUAAUAGUGUUCUAAUCAUCACCAUAAUAAAUAGAUAGCAUCUGGUUUGUCUUUCGCAGGGAAUGCGGUGUCUUAUAGACUUGCUUCUGAAACUUGAAAAACUGGAAGCUCUUUUUUUGUUUUGUUUUGCUAUUGUUGGUUUGGUUCUUUCAUUGUAUUAGGCCUGUAUAUAUUUGUGCUAUAAUCGUUAUUAGAAGAAAAUCUUUCUUUCAUUCUGACAAGUAAAUGGAAAUUGUCCUAAACUAAUGAUAGGAUUGAUUUGUAUUA